CUAAAAGGCGGGAUCCAAAGUGAUCCCCAUGCACACUGGAGACCCUGAGCGACCCAAAGCCCAUUCAAAUAGCUGUUCAAGUCACUUCCGGUUGUUUUAGUUAAUUGCGAAAUGGACUGGCGUGAGAAAUAGAGUUUGAAGAAGGAAAACACGAUGGUUUGGAGGAGGAGGAGCUGGAUGUGAAUGGAGCUUCGAGAACGGGAGUGAUCACUAAGGAAAGAACUGCUUGGAGAGCACGAGGACACAAAAACGCAAAACUCAAAAUUGAGUUUGCUUGUGUUUUGAGAAUUUGACAGGGUUAACUCCAAGUCCUGGUAUUUUUAUGCAUAAUGGCUCUAUGCUGUGCAUCUAUCCCGGAAGAGGCUCUGUCUUUGAAGUCCCUAAAGGGCCCCAGUUCCAUAAUCCCUGAGGCAGAAGAAGAAAGUCAUGGGAGACACACUCAGAAGAAAGUGUUUUUUGAAAGAAGAAGCAACCAGCAGGGAACAAACAUGAAGGGCCCAUGCGAGACAACCAUGCUCAAGUCCCUGCUGCUGCUGAUGUUGGGGCUUGCCAUUCUCAGGGAGGUAGCAGCUCGGAAGAACCCCAAAGCAGGGGCUCUUGUCCCUCAGAAGGCCGGGAAUUGCCCUCCUCUGGAGGAUAACAGUGUGAAAGUUGACAUUCGAAUCUUCAGUCAAAACCAGGGCGUUUUUGUCUCACAUGACUUCCAAAACCGCUCCAGCUCCCCAUGGGAUUACAACAUCACCCGAGACCCCCACCGGUUCCCCUCAGAGAUUGCUGAGGCCCAAUGCAGAUAUUCAGGCUGCAUCAAUGCGCAGGGACAGGAAGACAGCUCCAUUAACUCCGUUGCCAUCCAACAAGAAAUCUUGGUCCUCCGGAGGGAGCCCCAGGGCUGUUCUAAUUCCUUCAGGCUGGAGAAGAUGCUGGUGAAAGUUGGCUGCACCUGUGUCGCUCCCAUCGUCCACCGCGCAGCCUGACGAAGCUACACGUCAAACUCAGUUGAAGAAACUGAGCAAAUGCCUCUCUUUAUCCAGUUCUCUGCAUAAAGCCUGAUCGCCAAGUCUCUUUGCUUCUUAGGACUCUUAGUAAGAUGUGCACGGCAUUCUUGAAGCUCUGUAUUAGAAUAGUGUUAACUUUCUGCAAUGCCUUAACCUUCUGAAAAUGAAGGAGAAUUACAGCACCCUUGGCCCAACCUCUUUAAGUUACAUGAUGACCACAUUUUUUUUUUUUUU